AUUACUUGUUUCUGUGUGAAUUUUCCAGCCUUUCCUUGGUUUUAUGAAUCCGUCUUCUGAGUAUAUAAAACAUACACAGCUGACCAUUCAUUUUGCAGAUGGCCUAGGGGGAGAUUCCUGGGAAGGUGAGUCUGCAUUUCUUCAAGGGUCUGCCCUUGUAUUGGUUAGGGUUCUCCAAAGGAAAAGAAUCAAUUAAAAAUAUAUUUAAUUAUGCAAGGGGGUUUUUAGAUAAGCUUACAGGGCCAGAAGCAGGAUGUCCACAGUGGCUGGCUGUGGGAUGGAGUGUCAGAGAAUUCUGCAGCUACUCAGUUCAGGAAGCCAAAGAACAAGAGGGAUCAAGGCCGCUACGCCAGUUGGAGACUGAAGGCCUGGAAGCUCUCUAGAGAGUCGCUGGUGGAGUCCACGUGGAGAAACUGGAGAAGCUGGAGCUUGGUGUUCACAGGUGACAGCAGUGGGAAAAGACACCCAAGCAGAACGGAGGGGAGGUUUUCAAAUGCAGGCUACUUCCUUCUCCUCUCCCUUUCAUUCCAUCAGGCUAUAAACCCAGGGUGCCACCCACAAUCACUGGGGCGGCCCCCUUGGUUUGCUGACCCACAAGCCAAUCAUCUUUGGAGAUGCCCCACUGACACGCCCAGAAGCGGUUACUAAUCUCCUAGGACUGGCUAAAUCCAGUCAAUUGCCAGAUCACAAUUAACCCACACAGCCCUUCUUCAGCAUCUCCAUCAGACCCUCCCAGCUAGUGUGGCAAUGUCUCAUUCACACCUGUCACAAGCCCCACAAUCCUACCCAUGAGAAAAACCUGUCUUUGUGCAAGUAAUUAUACUGGUUUCACUCAUAAUCACAAAAAGUAGAAGCACUAGGUGCCUGUCAACUAAUGAAUGCGGUGUCAAGUAUUCACACCAGGAAGACGACUUGGCAGUACAAAGGACACAGAGGUCUACAGCACAGAGAUAACCCCCCAAACGCUUAUGGAGACGAGCACCACUUCCGAGGGCGCGCUCCCCCGAGGCCCCGCCCCUUCCUCGUGAGCGAGCACUGAUUGGCCCGUUUGAACAGCGCCUGGCGGGAGCACGUCGGGACUCGCAGCGUCGCCGCCGGCCUUUCCGAGCGCAGCGCCUCUGCAAAGUCCGGCGUCGCCUUUUCUCGGCGUCUUUUCUCCUUGUCCGGCUGUGCCCCGCGUCUCUGGCGUGUGGGGCACACGAAACCUGCUGCCAUGGAGGCAAUGAGAGCUAAGACACCUAAGAAACCUGCAGUAAAAAAAGGAUCCCAGAAGAACCUCAAGGAGCCGGUGGGGGUGUACUGUAGGGUGCGCCCGCUGAGCCUCCCUGACCAAGAGUGCAGCUGCAUCGAGGUCAUCAGCGACACAACGGUGCAGUUCCACCCUCCCGAGGGCUACUACAAACUAAACAGAACUGGAAAUGACAAGGAGACUCAGUACUCCUUUAAGCAAGUGUUUGCUGCUCACACCAGCCAGCAGGAGCUUUUUGACAUCGUGGCGAAGCCCUUAGUAGACGACCUCAUUCAUGGCAAAAAUGGUCUUCUCUUUACAUAUGGCGUGACGGGAAGCGGGAAAACUCACACCAUGACAGGUUCUCCGGGGGAAGGAGGACUGCUUCCUCGGUGCUUGAAGAUGAUCUUCAACAGUGUAGGGCCAUUUCAGGCUAAACGCUAUGUUUUUAAAUCUAAUGAUAGGAAUAGUAUGGAAAUUCAGUGUGAAGUCGAUGCCUUAUUAGAACGUCAGAAACGAGAAGCCACACUCAACCCGAAGACACCCUCCACCAAACGACAAGUAGAUCCAGACUUUGCAGAUAUAAUAAAUGUACAAGAAUUCUGUAAAGUAGAACAAGUUGAUGAAGAUAGCGUCUAUGGUGUAUUUGUCUCUUACAUUGAAAUAUAUAAUAAUUACAUUUAUGAUCUGUUGGAAGAGGUGCCAUUUGAUCCGAUAAAGAGCAAACCGCCACAAUCUAAAAUGCUUCGGGAAGAUAAGAGCCAUAACAUAUUCGUUGCCGGGUGUACUCAAGUGGAAGUGAAAUCUACUGAAGAGGCUUUUGAAGUUUUCUGGAGAGGCCAGACAAAGAGACGCAUUGCUAACACGCACUUGAACCAUGAGUCCAGCCGUUCCCAUAGUGUGUUCAACAUUAAAUUAGUGAAGGCUCCGCUGGAUGCAGAUGGGGACAACGUCCUACAGGAAAAAGAACAAAUCACUAUAAGCCAGCUGUUCUUGGUAGAUCUUGCUGGAAGUGAAAGAACUAACCGAACCAAAGCGGAAGGGAACAGAUUACGUGAGGCAGGUAACAUUAAUCAGUCACUGAUGAAUCUGAGAACAUGUAUGGAGAUCCUGAGAGAGAACCAGAUGUACGGAACUAACAAGAUGGUUCCGUAUCGAGAUUCGAAAUUAACCCAUCUGUUCAAGAACUAUUUUGAUGGAGAAGGAAAAGUGCGUAUGAUCGUGUGUGUGAAUCCAAAGACCACCGAUUACGAAGAAAACCUGCAAGUCAUGAGAUUUGCAGAAGUGACGCAAGAGGUGGAGGUGGCCAGAGCAGUAGACAAGGCCGUGUGGGGCUUAACACCUGGGAGGCGAUUCCGAAACCAGAUCCGAGGAGGCCCAGUUGGAGAUGCCUUGGUCACCGAGGUGGGUCUACAGAGUUUUCCACCUUUGCCGCUGUGUGAGAUUUUGGACCUCAAUGAUGAGCAGACCCUUCCAAGACUGAUCGAGAGCUUGGAGAAACGACAUCACCUGCGACAAAUGAAAAUUGAUGAGUUUACCAGACAAGCUAAUACUUUCAGUGCUUUGUUACACGAAUUUGAAAGUGCUGUUAGAAAUAAAGAAAACUGUAGUCAAAGAAAACUAAACGAGAAAGAAAAGAUGAUUUCAGGACAGAAAGUGGAAAUAGAACGCCUAGAAAAGAAAAACAAGACACUGGAACACAAGGUUGAGAUUUUAGAGAAAACAACUUCUAUAUAUGAAAAAGACCGACUUAAUCUGCAACAGGAACUUGAAAACCAGAAUCAGCAACUUCAGCGACAAAUUUCUGAGCACUGCAGGUUGGAAACGAGGCUUCAAGGCGUGGUGGCCGAAAUGACAACAAAGUGGCAGAAGGAAUGCGACCGUCGCGUGGCAGCCACGCAGCUGGAAAUGCAAAACCAACUUUGGGUUAAGGAUGAAAAACUGAAACAGCUGAAAGCUAUCGUUACUGAGCCCAAAACCGAAAAGCCAGAGAGGCCCUCUCGGGAGCGGGAUCGAGAGCAGGGCCAAGAAAAAGUUACUCGCAGAUCGGCUUCUGCGUCGCCAGCUCUUUCUAGUAACUAUAUUGCUCAGAUUUCCAACGGCCAGCAACUCAUGAGUCAGCCACAUCUACGUAGGCGCUCUAACUCUUGGAGCAGCAUUUCUGUGGCUUCCUGUAUAUCGGAAUGGGAGCAGAAAAUUCCUUCGUACAACACACCUGGCAAUGUCACAUCUAUUGCAAAGCAUAGGCAGCGGGAGCCAGGACAAAGUAAAGUUUGUGCCGUGUCAGACAGAAGGCGAGGGAUGUACUGGAUGGAAGGCAGGGAGGUGGUUCCUACGUUCAGGAAUGAGAUAGACGUACAAGAGGAUCAUUGCUGCAGGAAUGCACUACCAAUUGGUGUCCGACGCAGACGAUCCCGCUCUGCAGGGGAAAGAUGGGUAGAUCAUAAGCCCGCCUCUAACGUGCACAACGAAACAGUCAUGCAGCCACAGGUGCCCCGCGCUAUCACGGUGUCUGUUCCCAGUGAAAAGGCACUAGCUAAGUGUGAGAAGUACAUGCUGACCCACCAGGAACUAGCCUCCGAUGGAGAGAUUGAGACUAAGCUAAUUAAGGGCGAUGUUUAUAAAACAAGGGGUGGCGGACAGGCUGUUCAGUUUACUGGUAUUGAGACCUUAAAACAACAGUCACCAGGCAGUAAUCGAAAGCGACGUUCAUCAUCAGCACCUGUCCAACCAGAUGGCAUGGAGUCUGAAUCGACUGACAUAGAGACACGGUGCUCCAUGGCUGUGGAGAUGAGAGCGGGGUCUCAGCUGGGACCAGGAUACCAGCACCACGCACAACCCAAGCGCAAGAAACCAUGAAUUUAUGGUCCCAGUAGCAAAAGAACAUUGUCAGUGUGUGUUGAUUUCUCCAGUGCCGCCCAGACAUCAUCUUCUGGGUCACCUUAUGCAACAUCAGGGUCCUCAGCUACCUACUACACUGGCCUAGAACAAGCUUCCUCCAUGGUUCCAAAUCUAGGGUCCAGGAGGCUUUGUGUUUUAUAGACCUUGCUGUAUUUAAUAUUAAUAGCAGAGGAAUUUCUCCUCCUUAUAUGUAUAUAUAUAUAUAUAUGAAUUAUUUUUAUAAUGCUCUUUUGUAUAUUUUUGUACACUUACAACUAUGGUAUUUUAAGCAAGUGUUUUUCUUGGUAAUUAAGGAAGAAUAUGUUAUAUCUAGAACACACUUUACUUUUUACUGUCUUUUCCAGUUCUUGUCUGAAUAUUUCUCAAACGCUGCUAUUGAUUAGCUGCAAGAAUGCACUUUAGACAUAUCUGACAAUUCAAACUUGCAAGAUAAGGAUGUCAGGAAUGGGCCAAUGAUAAAGCCCUUCUGGGAAGAUGUUGAGAAUUUUGUGUGUAUAUAUUCUUUGUGAUAUUCACAUAUACCAAAAGAAUUGAAAUUAAAAGCACUGUUGGAAAAGCA